AUGGAUGAAGAACAUGAUAAAUCUAGAAAUAAAAUUAUAGAAGCUUUGGGACAAAUACAAAGUUAUGACAUAAAUCAAAACUCAUAUGAUUCUGAUAGCACUUAUUUUAGUGUUGUUGAUAAUGAUCAAGUAUGUUCACCCAUAUUAGAAGACUUAUUAACAGAAUUAAAUAUAAUAAAUCUAGGAAAACAAUUAGGAGUAGAUAAAAAUGAUUCAUUAGAUACAAUUUGUUCUUAUUGUAAACAAAUUUAUGAAGUACCAAAUAUAUUGAUGAAUCCUCGAGAUAAUACAAUCAUAGGUCCAUUGGAAAAAUGCAAGGAAGAUUUAAGUUUCGUUCAAGCAAUAGUUUGGUUGAAAUCAAUUGUAAAAAGGAUGCAUGAAAUUCCUUUAGAAGAAUAUAAUUUGAUAUCUAAUAUGUUUAAACAAAUUUCUAAACGUAACGUCAAAUCUCGUUCACGUAUAAAUGAUUUUCCUAAAUUGCAACGAAAUUGUAAGAAGAAAAUAAUAAUGUCUAACUGUUCUAAUAUCUCAACUAAAGAAUUAAAUAAUACAGUCUCGUUAUAUUAUUCCAAAUCUUGGAAAUGUCUGUACGAUUGUAAUGAACAAAAUUCAAGUCAAGAAUUAUAUAAAGAACAAGAAAAUUGUACAAAUAUAAAUGAUACGACAAAUCUGUCAGAUCCCUUAACACCUCUUAGAUGGAAUAAUUUUUGCACAAUGGAUAUAAAUAAAUCUCAAAAUUGGAUUAUUCCCGAAUCAGAUGAAGAAUUAACAAUAAAUUCGGAAAAUGUUGAUGAUACGUAUUAUCAAGAAAAUGUCAUAACACCGGAUUUAUUUACUAUAGAAAAUGUCAUAACACCGGAUUUAUUUAAUUCAGAAAAUGUCAUAACACCGGAUUUAUUUACUUUAGAAAAUGAUUCUUUAAAUAACGAUGAAAGUAAUAUUUCCGAUAAACAAGAAGACAGUGCAUAUGACACUUUAAAUAUCAAUCAACAAGAUUCCAUGAAUUUUGUCAACAAUAUCGACGAACGAAUAAAUAAUAAAUAUUUACAGAAAAAACGACAAAUAGAAAUAAUCGAUAUACCGAGAAAAAGAUUAAAGAAGAAUAUAAAACAAUGUAUUUCAACAGGAUGGAUCAAUUUUACUCUUAAAUCAUUGGAAACGAAUGAUGUUGUCGUUAAAUCAAUAGAAAUGAUUUUAAGAGUUUUCAAAAAUGAAACUAUAGUUAAUGAUUAUUUGAAAAGAAAAUGUUGGAUUGAUACGUUAGAAAAAGAAGCGUUAGAUGCAAUAUUACAAUUUGCAAAUAUUUUUCAAUUAGAAAUGAAAUCUGAUGUAUGCAGUCAAAUAAUUGUACAGGCAAUACAAGAUGUAUUGAAAGAAAUUUGUCAAAAGACAAAUUUCAAUAAGAAUAUUAUUAAUAAAAUACAUCUUAUUUUAUAUGCUUUAAGUAUUUGUUUGCGAAAAUAUAAAAUGAUAAUUCUUAGUAAUAAAAAUGAUACUGAACGUAAUAUCAUAAUACCAGUAACAAAACUUUGGCGAAAACAAUGGAACAUAGAUCAUGUUUCUAAUGAAAAUAAUACAAAAGCACAGAUGUCUAUUGAAAAAUGGAUAAAUAGUUUAGAAUUAUUUACGAGAAAUCAUAUAUAUGAUAUUCCAUUGUUAGCUGAAAAAACACGCCAAUUACAUCUUAUGUUGAUUACAUAA